AUGUCGACGGCGACCACCGACGACAUCGAACUCAACGCGGUGCCCUCGGCCCACCUCGUCAACGACGUCGUCGACCACUUCGCCUGGCGCGAUGUCCGCGUCGUCGUCAAGGACCGCCAGACCCACGCGCCGCUCUCCAUCCUCCAAGACGCCGCCGGCAUCGUCUCCGCCGGCGAGAUGCUCGCCCUCAUGGGCCCCAGCGGCUCCGGCAAGACCACUCUGCUCAACGCCCUCGCCCACCGCCCGGCCGCCGCCGGCGCCGCCACGACGGGCCUCGUGCUGGCCAACGGCGAGCAGGCCACUGCCUCGGUGCUGCGCGACGUGUCCGCCUACGUCGAGCAGGAAGACGCCCUGAUUGGCAGCAUCACCGUGCGCGAGACGAUGCUCUUUGCCGCCCGCCUGGCCCUGCCCAGCACCGUGUCCCGCGCCGAGGCCCGCCGCCGCGUCGACGACUUGAUUACCAGCUUUGGCCUGCAGGCCCAGGCGCACACCAUUGUCGGCACGCCCAUCAAAAAGGGGCUCAGCGGCGGCCAGAAGAAGCGUCUCGGCGUCGCCAGUCGCCUCGUCACCAGCCCGCACAUUCUCUUCCUCGACGAGCCCACGAGCGGCCUCGACUCGGCGCUGAGCGUCGAGGUCAUCCGCUACAUCAAGGAGAUUGCCCGCCGCAACCAUCUGGUCGUCGUCGCCUCCAUCCACCAGCCGUCCACGACCACCUUCCGCCUGUUCGACAAGCUGGCCCUGCUGUCCGGCGGCCGCACGUGCUACUUUGGCCCCGUCGACGCCGCCCCGGCCUACUUUGCCCGCAUCGGCUACCCCGUGGCCCCCGCCACCAACCCGGCCGAGCACCUGCUGGACCUCGUCAACGUCGAUCUCGACCGCGGCGGCGAGGUGCGCGCGCGCACCCAGGCCGUCGUCGCCGCCUGGGCCGCCUCGCCCGAGCGCACCGCCCUCGACGCCGCCCUCGACGCCGCCGCCCACGCGCCCGCGAGCCGCCCCAGCCUCGCCAAGCUCAAGACGCCGCGCCCGCCCCUCUGGCGCGGGCCCCUGACCCUGCUGCACCGCGCCUGGAUCAAGUCGCACCGCGACAUUGUCGUCUACACCAUCCGCGUCGUCAUGUACCUGGGCCUCGGCGUCCUCAUGGGCACCGUCUUCCUGCGCCUCUCCACGCACCAGGAUGCCAUCCAGCCGCGCAUCAACUCCAUCUUUUUUGGCGGCGCCUUUAUGAGCUUCAUGGCCGUCGCCUACGUCCCCGCCUUUCUCGAGGACCUGCACACCUUCCGCAGCGAGCGCGCCAACGGCCUCGUCGGCCCCCUCGCCUUCCUGGCCGCCAACUUUGUCAUCGGGCUGCCCUUCUUGUUCCUCAUUUCCGUCGUCUUCUCCGUCGUCGCCUACUGGCUGUCCAACUUCCGCCCCGACGCCGCCGCCUUUCUGCGCUGGGUCCUCUGGCUGUUCCUCGACCUGCUGGCCGCCGAGUCCCUCGUCGUCCUCGUCGCCAGCAUCGUCCCCGUCUUCGUCGUCGCCCUCGCCGUCACCGCCUUCUCCAACGGCCUCUGGAUGGCCGUCGGCGGCUUCCUCGUCCCCAUGCCCCUGCUCAACGUCUUUUGGAAGUACGCCUUCCACUACAUCGACUACCAGGCCUAUGUCUUCCAGGGCAUGAUGGUCAACGAGUUUGGCGCCCGCGACUUCCAGUGCGACGCCGCCGCCCCCGCCGCCGCCAACGGCACCGCCGCGUCGUACCAGUGCAUGUACGCCGGCGCCCGCAACGCCGAGGGCAUCAUCGAGGGCACCGACGUCCUCCGCGCGUUCAACAUUGGGACCAACCACGUCGGCAAGUGGAUCGGCAUUUCCAUCGCCAUCACGGUCGGCUACCGUCUGUUGGCGUACCUGGUCCUGCGUUUCCUGCGAAAAUGA